AUACCCAUCAAAGAAGGCUUCUAGUAAUAUAGUCAUUUAAACCUUAUCAUUCGAUUGUUAAAGGCAGACAAAAUUUUGUUCCGAAUACUCCAAAAAGUUUCAGGAAACGUAAAUGCAAAGAAACUGUUUCUCUUUGCGCCCCUUCCUUCGGGGAGCCGGUGUAGUGGGUGCAUUUUGUAAGCCCGCUCGUCAAUUUUGUAACUCGACUGCUUUGAAAUAUGCUGCAGCCGCUCCGAAGACACGUCCUGGAAAACUUCCCCCAAAAAUGGCCAAAUUGAGGAAGCAAUUUCAGGCGGACAAUGAUUUGCCGGUUUUUUUAAAAGGCGGCAGUAUGGAUAAUAUAUUGUAUAGGCUUACCUGGGUGCUAUGCUUCCUCGGUAUAGGUGGCGAUGUAUGGUUAUGGCUUGGCUAUAUCAUUGCCUAAAACCAUAAGGGAUCAUGCACACAAGCCCACAAGAUUCAAAUACUCAAAUACAAAUAUCAAUUGUAAUACCACCUACAUUAGUUAACUAAUAGCGUUUCUGUACAUAGUUCAAACACGGCAAAUCAAUUAUAUAACCCCCAACUGCAAUAAUGUGUA